AUGUCUGGAGAAGCCAAACUGAUUUUUAGAGAAACCUUCAACAAUCCAGUGGAUGUGCUACAGAUGUAUGAAGACAAAAGCCCCACAAAAAGAAGCAUCAAGACAGAGUUUGCAGCAAUAGAGCCUCCAUAUGUCAGGAUAUAUGACCAUGGCUUGAUAGACAUGUUUGACUUUUUAUCUCUGUCCACUACCUGUAAGAUGGACCUGCACAGUUUUCCCUUCGACACACAAAUCUGCAGUCUAACCCUUCGAUCUAUAGCGCAUUCAGAUGAGGAGCUAGUAUUCGUUCAGUCCUUACCUUCAGAACAGAUCAUCUUGGAAUCUCAAAAGAUCUUUCAGACCAAGGGAGAAGUUUAUAUCCCUACAUUGCAGAUUACCAUCAAGAGGAGACCUCUUCUGUAUGUUGUGAACUUAAUUGUUCCCGUAUUUUGCUUUCUGGUCCUGGAUGUGGCCUCAUUCUUCAUAAAGGCAUCUGUAUCAGAGAAGCUGAGCUUCAAAGUGACUUUGCUGCUGUCCAUUUCUGUGUUGCUGCUCAUUCUUAAUGACAAGCUGCCAUCAACUGCCAGUGACAUUCCAUUAAUUGGGAUUUACUGCAUUGGAGUUUUUACACUAAUUGGCACGAGCAUUCUGGAGACCAUCUUUGUGAAUGUCCUGAUUUGUAAAAGAGAAGACACCAAAUCAGAAAAAACACCAACUGCAACUGGACAAGAUGGUGGUGUGAGAGACUUGAAUAACUCUCUAGACACAGUUACCAGUGGAUAUGAAGAGGUGACAUGUAUAUUCGACAUUCUGAAGCUGAUCCUCAUGGAGGCACGUGCUAUUACUCAACAACACCAACCGAAGGAGUCACUGUGCUUGAUCAGAGCAGCAAGAAUUAUAGAUAUGACCUUCGCUGUUAUUUAUAUAGUAGCCUGUGUUGUGUUUCUGUAUCUACUUGGCAAGGUUUGGAUUGUAUUGUUAUAUCAUCUUAUACAUGACCUGCAAACGCUGGACCUGUAUAUAAGGAUAUUUCAAAUUAUGCAACUUUGUUUAUAAUGACAUAUCCCUUUAUUUAAUCCAAGUUUAGUUUAAUUUUAUUUUAUUAUGCCUUUACGUAAUCCUAAUUUAGUUUAUUUGUAUUCAAUCGGACUUAGUUUAUUUUUAUUCAUACUGUUGAGUAAAGUAAGAAAAAUGCAAUUGCCCGACCUUGUUUUUAUUCUCCCACAUUUACUCUCCCAUGGCUUUUGCUUUGGCUACGGAACACUAUAUACUCUAUAUACCUUGUUUACUGCAUGAAAAUAUUUACCCAAAUUUAUUAUAAGUAGUAGAAAUGCAUGUUUAAGGAUUAUUACAUUGCAUAUGAACCUUUUCUUUUAAGAAAAGAAAAGACAGAAUGUUCUUGUAUUCAUUAUAUUUUAUUAUCAUAGAGUAGAAAAGAGAAAAUAAUGUAUUAGCAAGAAUGGGAUCUGUUACCCGAGAGAGCAGCAUUCCAUUCCAUCAGAUAAGGAGUUGUCUGUUGCAGGCCAAGCAAAGGUGAAAGCAGCGUCAAAGAAUCCGA